CAAGCUUCCACCACUGGUGUAGCAGAAACCGGAGGUUUUCAUCUUGUGAAAGUGACGCUGCAGUGAUUUGCAGAGGGAGACGGAGCUGGCCGCUGGCGCCUUGGGAGUUGGGACUUGGGACGCGAUGGUAGGCCGAUGCCGUUGCCCGCCGCCGCCGCCGCCGCCCGGGCUUCGCCGUGUCACACGGUCCCAGAGCCGGGUGGACCGCAUCAGCGCACUCCCGGACGACCUCCUCCUCCAGGUCCUCACCCGCCUCCGCUGCGCCCGCACCGCCGCGCGCACUUCCCUUCUCGCCCGCCGGUGGCGCAAAGUCUGGCCGGGCCUCCUGGAGGUCUCCUUUCGCGGGCUCGCGCCCGACGCGAUCCACGCGGCGCUCGCUCGGUUCACCCGAACUUUGUUGACGGCCAUCGACAUCCACGUCUCCAUGGGCACGGGACAUGGCGCGCUAGACGCCGGCAGCGUCACCGACUUGCUCCACGCCUCCGCGGAUCGGUCGCCGGUGAAGUUCGCCCUCACCAUCCCGGUCGACCUCCGCCGCUUCGAUUUCACCACAUGGGUCGAACUGCCGCGCUUCGAUUUCGCUACAUCGAUCGAGCUGGACGUGCAGAACGUUCACUUUGCCCUGUCGGCGGCGACGGAGUUCCCGGCGCUGGAGACGCUGUCCCUCGCCGGCUGCAUCAUGGACAUGGCCACCUUGGUGCCCCGCUGCCCGCUCCUGCGCGCUCUCAGCGUCACCAGGACGCCGGACGAGGUGGACACGAUCACGGUGCACUCAGAGUCACUCCAAGAACUCGUCGUGAGCACGUUCCGGUCCACGUCCACCAUCGACAUUGUGGCCCCUGCGCUCAGGAAGCUGACGAUGGCCAUGGACAGGGGGAUAGACAACAGCUUGUCGGUGGUGGCACCAAUGGUGGAGGAGGUCACUUGGCGGUGCCUGUACUACUCCACGUAUAUUGGGAUAGGCAAAAUGUGGCGCGUCGGUUCCCUCAAAGUACGGGCGGUGGAGAAGAUGGAGCUCACCGACGACGCCGCCGCCGAGGAGGAGGGUAGCCAUCAGCCCCGUCGUGCCCAUGUCCUGUCGCUGGACAUACUUGACACCCCUUAUCCUUCACAGAGAGAUUUUGCAGAAGAAUUGGAGAAAAUCCCUGUUCCCACAUUCUCUGUCCUAGAGCUGAAGAUCGCAACACGGAGCCAUGUUCUUGGACCACUGCUGUUGAACCUGCUUCGGAUUUGCAAUGCAGUGCAAAGGCUUGACAUGGUUCUUGUGGAUACCCCGGUGCAAGUGACAGAGUCUUGCGACAAACGGUGUCCUUGUCAGGAGAAUAAUAGGAAGUGGAGAAAAAUAGGUGCAAGUGAAAGACUCUUGAUCGAUCUCACAGAAGUGCAGAUCAAAGGAUUCAAAGGCGAUGAUGAAGAAAUCCAUUUCCUCAAACUGCUCUUCAGAUGUGCACCGAUGCUUCAGACGAUGACUCUGAAAUUGUCUGACGGGGUCACUGAUGACUGGUACAAUAUAUUCCUCGACACCGUCCAGGAGUACCCUUAUGUGAACUCCAGUGUUUGUAUUGGUUGAUUAGGAUUAGCAUGAUUCAAGCUGCAGUAAGAAUCGUUGUCGUCAGUUGUUAACUUUUUAUUUAGAGACUAGUUGAAACCCAAACCUUGUGGUUUAUUGUUGCUAGCAAUAUAUGUACCUGCAGUAUCAUG